AUGCAGAAGCACUUACGUGGACGCACGGCGAGAUGGUUAGACUUUUUGGCAGAGUUUCCCGACUUGAGCAUCUCUUAUCUGCAAGGUGCACAUAACAAGGUGGCGGACGCGCUCUCUCAGCAUCCGCAGCACACGUACGUGACUUCGAUUACAUCACCAACGACCCUCGCCUCUCUUAUCUCAUCGCAGCAGGGCAGCCCGCCGCCGACCUCUCGAUAUCUCACCCGCUCCUCUACUGGGAACGCGCCCAGCACCAACUUUCGUGCAAUAGCAGGAGUACGCGCGACCCAUACAGGGAAGAAGAAGACGUCAUCCUUUUCAGCAGACCCGGUAGCCUCGACUCCAGCUACAUCCGCGGAAGUGACAUCGGCAGAGCAGCAAAUUCCAUCUUCCACUAAAACCGGCAAUCGCACUACACCUACACCUGUACUCUCACCUUCCUCACCACCCUACGAUCAGGAAGCCUCAAUCACGACAGCGGAACUCGCCUCGGGAUCGCCAUCAGCGCAGGAAUAUCUGUCGCCACAACGUUGGGAAGACGCAUAUCUACGCUGCCCUCACUUUCGCGAAAUCGUCUUGGCUGAAGCUCAUCAUAACGAAGAAGAGUUUCUCCAUCAGCUACAGGGUCGCAGAUAUACCUUUAAGUUUUGUCGCCCCUACCUAUACAUCUGCGUAAAUGGCCUCUGGCGCAUCUGCCCUCCUACAUUGCCCGAAUUCCUCUCCCAUCUUCUCUAUGAACACCACGAACACGUUACCGCUGGACAUCGCGGAGAACGGAAGACGUUUCUAUCCCUUAGUAAGCUGUACUAUUGGCCAGGAAUGCGGGCGUACACAACUGCGUAUGUGGAGUCUUGUGUGCAGUGUCGCGCAUCUAAGGCGCUAUCGCAGAAGCCGGCAGGUCUCCUUCAACCGCUCCUCGUUCCUUCGCGCCGCUGGAGCCGCGUUAGUCUCGAUUUUAUAACAGACCUGCCCCUCACCCCCCGUGGACAUGAUUGCAUUCUCGUUAUCGUCGACUCGCUCAGCAAAAUUGCACACUUCAUUCCCACGAAGAAGUCAGCGUCCACAGCGGAUACCAUCGAACUCCUGGCCGAUAGAUUGAUUAGAUAUCAUGGAUUCCCGGAUGUCUUGAUUUCCGACCGUGAUCCCCGGUUUCAAUCCCAGAUAUGGCAGCAGCUUUGUCAGCGAUUUCACAUCAAGCGCGCAAUGUCUUCUCCCUAUCGUCCGCAAUCCGACGGUCAGACGGAGAGGGUCAAUCGCACGUUGGAGAAAAUGCUUCUCACGUACAUUCAGACGGACGAACGUGGAUGGGAGCGCCUGCUACCGGCGCUCGAGCUCGCUUACAACACCACCAGUCAUUCCUCCACAAAAGUGAGUCCCUUCGAAGUUAUGAUCGGUCAGAAUCCUGUCACAGCGGCAGACCGUGAUGUCGUUGGUAACCUCGCGCCCACCCUUACCUCGCCUGUGACCAAACUAUUCCACCAGCUGUGUGAUCGAGCCCAGAGUCAUAUCCUCAAGGCGAAGCGGCAGCAAAAACGCUAUGCAGACGCUCACCGACGAGAUGCGCAAUACAAAACAGGCGAUCGGGUCUGGAUAAGCAGCCGUAACCUUCCGGGGCUCAACGAGUGCUCCAAGUUCGGGCCUAGGUUUCACGGUCCCUUCACGGUCUUAGAACGAAUCGGCCAGGUCGCUUACCGCAUCGUGCUCCCGCCGACUUACACGUGUCAUAAUGUCUUUCAUGUCUCUCAGCUUGUUCCCGACCGCCCAAGCGACCCUCAGAUGAAGUCCAAAGAAGCCGCUGUUGGGUGGUUGCCGGUGACGGGCCCAGACGGCACUCCCACCGAUAUUUACGAGGUCUGCUAUAUCCUCGACCAACGCGGUUCGGGCGAAGAUACCCAAUACCUCGUUAAAUGGCGUGGUGAUCCCGAGGAUCGCCCGACUUGGGAACCCGCUGCCAACCUUACCAACUGCCCCGCCCUUCUUCGCGCGUGGCGACGUCAUCUCAGGCGCGCAACGAAAGAUCAGCGGGGACCUCAGGACGUCGCAUCCGGCUCUGCUAACACUGCAUCAGCAUCGGCCUCAUCGCCGACGUUUUUCUCGCCGGGGGGCGAAGGAGUGGAGCGGCACCCUCCGGAAGCCGCACCACUCAUAGCAGAGGGCAGCUUAAAGGAACCUGCGAGACAUAUAUUGCUGGGGAACACAUCGGACUCUGAAGCGGAUCUCAGGAAGUGUGCAAUCCGAGGGGCAGGAGACGAAGGUGUAGGAUCCGUAGACAAGGUAGUUAAGGAAGUUAGUGGGGUAAGGGAAAGAGCAAAAUCAGCUAGAAAGGGGAAAGAAAAAGGGACGGGAAAGGCUGGGCGAUGA